GUCAAGGUGUGGCGCCCAUCAUGCAUCAUGGGUGGGAAAUUAGUCCUAUUGCGCAAUCCGAUACUCAAAUCACCACAAAGUUGCUCAUUUUAGCAUGGCUUCAUAGCAAUAUAUUCUCCAAGGCAAAUAUAUCUUCUUGGAGUUCGACAUACGAUCCUCUUUUCUCCCCCUGAAAAGCUACCUCCGAGUGUUUUCCCCUCGCAAGAUCUUGAUUAACCGGGGCUAUAACAGGGCUGCUACUCUUCCUUCUUUCCUCAGCAUGUCGAAGACUGUAAAGGACUUUGGUAAACGCACUAUAGGCUAUCCCGAGGAGAUCGUUCCGGUUAUUUCUACGAAAGACUGGGUCAAAGGAUGCACUCGAGACCCCCGUAAGAGAAUCAUUGAUUAUUUGACUAGCCUCUUCCCUAUCUUGACUUGGAUCACGCGCUAUAAUGUUCAAUGGCUUACCGGUGACGUUAUCGCUGGAUUGACUGUUGGUAUCGUGGUUGUUCCCCAGGGCAUGUCGUAUGCACAGAUUGCAACCCUCCCAGUACAAUAUGGGUUGUAUUCUUCAUUUGUUGGGGUUUUUCUUUACUGCUUUUUCGCAACAUCGAAAGAUGUUUCUAUUGGACCAGUGGCUGUUAUGUCCCUCACCGUCUCCCAAAUCAUCAAGUAUGUGCAAGAAAAACAUCCAAACCAGUGGGAUGGUCCUUCCAUUGCCACAACCCUGUCUUUCAUCUGUGGAUUUAUCGUUCUGGGGAUGGGGUUGUUGAGAAUCGGUUGGCUGGUGGAGUUUAUCCCCGCUCCGGCCGUGAGCGGCUUCAUGACAGGCUCAGCGAUCAGCAUUGUUGCUGGUCAGGUCCCUGGCCUUAUGGGUAUUACCGGGUUUGACACACGCGCGGCCACCUACCUUGUUAUUAUAAACACUCUCAAACGCCUACCGAAAACGACUCUAGAUGCGGCAUGGGGUCUGCCUGCGUUGGUGGGUCUCUACGGGAUACGGAUGGUAUGCGACUAUCUUAGCAAAAGGUACCCACAGCGAGCCCGUGUCUUCUUCUUCAUGUCUAUUCUUCGCAAUGCGCUUACUCUGGUCGUUUUCACGAUUGCUUCCUGGCUCUAUGUCAGGCAUAGAGCCGAUUCGAAAGGAAAAUACCCGAUUAAGAUUUUAGGCAAUGUUCCCAGAGGUUUACAGCAUGUUAGGCCUCCUACCAUCGAUCCGGAGCUCGUUUCUGUACUGGGCUCUCAACUUCCGAUUGCCACGAUCAUCCUGUUCUUGGAACACAUCGCUAUCUCCAAAUCAUUUGGACGACUGAAUGGCUACAAGAUCAAUCCCAACCAAGAACUGAUUGCUAUUGGCGUCACUAACACCAUUGGAUCGGUCUUUGGUGCUUAUCCAGCCACCGGCUCGUUUUCACGGUCGGCUUUGAAAUCGAAGAGUGGUGUACGAACACCUCUAGCUGGUAUUGUCACCGCUAUCGUCGUUAUCGUGGCUUUAUAUGGCCUUACACCUGCGUUCUUCUGGAUUCCUAACGCUUCCUUGAGCGCAGUGAUCAUACACGCCGUCGCCGACCUAGUUGCAUCCCCGCAGCAGGUAUAUUCCUAUUGGAGGGUGUCACCGUUGGAGUUCGUCAUCUGGUUGGCAGCAGUUUUCGUCACCGUUUUCACCACUAUAGAAUAUGGCAUCUACGUCUCGGUGGUCGCUUCUCUUGUUCUACUCCUCAUUCGCGUUGCACGGCCUCGGGGAAGUUUCCUUGGAAAAAUUUCUCUGAAGAAAGACACACUAGGAAGUCAAGAAGAACGCGAAGUUUUCGUACCUAUGAAAGACAACGGUAUAAUCAACUCAGAAGUGACUGUCGUCCCUCCUUCACCCGGCAUAAUCGUUUAUCGUUUGGAGGAGAGUUAUCUCUAUCCCAAUUGCUCCAUUGUCAACGACGUUAUUGUCGACUAUGUCAAAAAGCACAUGAGAAGAGGAAUGGAUCUCAGUACAAUCAAAGUGGGCGAUCGACCAUGGAACGACCCAGGUCCGGGUCGCGGAAAUUCUGACCUUUCGGAACAAGAAGCCAAUGCUAGAAAGCCCAUACUUCAUGCCGUGGUUCUUGACUUCUCUGCAAUUUCGCAUGUAGAUACCACCGCGAUACAGAGCCUGAUCGACACAAGAAACGGAUUGGAACGGUGGGCUAACCAUCCUGUCGAUUUCCAUUUUGCUACGGUUCUUUCCCCUUGGAUCCGAAGAGCUUUAAUUGCUGGCGGAUUUGGUCUCCCUGGAUCGUCCCCUACAGUCCCUCAGGAAAUCGCCGCUGUUGUUCCCUAUCGUGAUGGCCUACGAGACAGAAUUUCAACUGACUUGCGGGAGCAAGAUAUUGAAGGCGGGAGGGUCGAUUCCGAGUCGUUAAGCUCUAACGACAAAAAGACCCCCCGUUUCGAAGGACAAUUCGGCACUGUCCUCCACUCCGAAACACCGUUCUUCCAUCUCGACCUGACAAGUGCUGUGAGUGCCGCGGAGAGCGGGCUAGGACGCUGGGAAUCUACACAGCCAUUUGCAACCGCGUAGCGUUCAGCAUUUUUCAUCAGUUACAAGCUACGCUACGACUUGACACGGCUUCACGACUGAAAAAUACAAUUGUACAAUAAAUGGAAUCUGGUUAAAAACUAAGCACUCGUAAUCUAAUCGUUUUUACUCAGA